GCAACGGACUUCCACGAAGGUGAGAAGUUGAUGCAGAAGAAACUACGUGUGCCCGAGAUGGACAACCCAACCAUUCCAAUGCUUUCACCUCAACUGUCCACUAUGCUCCAAAGAGCGCCACUGCUGGCGUUCGGCACUCUAGAUCCUGAAGGACGACCUUGGACGACUGUAUGGGGCGGUCGUAAGGGAUUCUCUCAACCUCUUGGAAACAGCAUGGUCGGCAUACGAACCUCGGUGGCAUCCAAGCUGGAUCCGGUAGUAGAGGUAUUGGUCGGUCGAGAUGCAAAGGGCGAAAUCGUAAAGGAAGAGGGAGAAGGGAGAUUGCUCAGCGGACUGGCUAUUGACUUGGACACUAGGAAGAGGGUCAAGCUUGCUGGAAAAAUGGUGGCAGGCACCCUUGGUAGUACUGAUGGAGAAGAUGGUACAUAUGCGAAUGUACAACAAGGUGUACUACAACUGGUCGCACGCAUUGAUGAAAGCUUAGCGAGCACCAAUCCUAGACUCGUCUCGGACUCCGUACCGUUAGACGAGAGAGCUGUUGAGCUCAUACACAAAGUCGAUCUGAUGUUUCUCAGCACAAGCAGCGGAUCUAGCAUGGACACCAAUCAUAGAGGCGGCCCUCCAGGUUUUGUACGCUGUGUGUCGCAAGAUGGCCGCUGUACACAAUUCAUCUAUCCUGACUAUUCCGGGAACCGCCUCUACCAAAGUUUAGGUAACCUGAUGCUUGAACCGAAGGCUGGCUUCUGCUUUCCAGACUUCGAUACUGGCGACUGUCUCUUCGUGACUGGUCACGCGGAGGUUCUCUUUGGACAGGACGCAGCAGAAGUUAUGCCUCGCUCAAACUUGGCAGUCCGAGUAACUAUCACAGCGGCUCGUCUUGUAGCAUCAGUACUUCCAUUUCGUGGCAACACUGGCGAGUUCUCUCCCUACAAUCCACUUGUGAGAUAUCUGUCCAGCGAACAAGCGAGCAGCAGGACCGAGGGACAGAAUACCAACCAGAACACCGCGAAGCUGUUGACCCAGACACCGCUUACCCCAACGAUCUCGCGCUUUAGGUUCAGCUUGUCGAAUGCAGUGACCUACACCGCCGGUCAGUAUGUUACCAUUGAUGUUUCGGAGCACAUGGACUUCGGAUACAGCCAUAUGCGUGAUGAUGACCCCAGAAGCCUGAAUGACGAUUUCGUUCGCACAUUCACUGUGUCCUCUCCACCUGGUCUGCGACCUCAUCCAAGCAAACGUCUUGGUGACGAUGAGUUUGAGAUCACAAUACGGAAGGUCGGAGUCGUGACCGAUUUCUUGUUCAAACAUGGACUAGACACCAGAGCAAAGGGCUCUGAGCUAGAAGUUGGGAUCAAGGGCUUUGGAGGCUCGUUUAUGGUGGAGCAGACUGAGGACAAGACAGCUAUUGCAUUCAUUGCCGCCGGAGUAGGCAUCACGCCAUUGAUGGCUUGUAUGUACUCACUCAAGCUGGAUUCUUUUCGACUAUUCUGGACACUGCGGGCAGUUGAUCUAGGUCUUGCUGUGGAUGUGCUUGAAGGAUUGCAAGAUCUGGCCUCAAGUCUUACUCUGUUCGUCACAGGCAUCCUUCCUGAAAAUGAAGAGCAGAAGGCAGGGAUUGAGAAGCUCAAUGAUUACGGUGUACGGAUUGCGCAUCGUCGUAUGGAGAAGAGCGAUCUCGAAGGGCUGACGCCGAAGAUCGAAAGAUGGUAUGUCUGCACGAGUCAGAGGAGCGCCAUCCUGCAAUGGUUGAGUGGACAGGAGGUAGUUUAUGAGGAUUAUAACUUCUGA